AUGAAGACUGUCUUACUCCUUGUCGGGCUCGUCGCCCUGGUGAUGGGCAGCGUCCCACACCACCAUGACAUCAAAUUGAAGGCUGUGGAAUCCAAAUUCGUUGAGUACCAGAAGAAGAUUUUGGCACUUUUCGAACACUUCAAUCAGCCGGAUUACUAUUCUGACUAUUACAAAGUUGGCAAGGACUAUGAUAUCGAAGCAAACCUUCAGAACUACUCGAACAAACAAGCCGUCGAAGAGUUCUUGCUGCUGUAUAGAACUGGAACUCUGCCUAAAUACUACAAGUUUUCCAUCUUCUACGAACGGAUGAGGGAUGAAGCCAUCGCUCUGUUCCACGUCUUGUACUAUGCCAAGGACUUUGAAACCUUCUACAAAACUGCAGCCUGGGCUAAGGUCUACAUGAACGAAGAACAGUUCUUUUACGCAUACUACAUCGCUAUCGUCCAAAGAAAAGAUACUGCUGGCAUUGUUCUCCCGGCACCUUAUGAAGUCUAUCCUCAGUUCUUUAUGAACAAAGACGUUCAGUCUAGGUUAUAUUCCGUAAAAAUGCAAAAUGGCUUUAUAAAUGAAAAAGUUGCUGCCCAAUACGGUAUGGUGAAGGAAAACAACAACUACAUCAUCUACGCAAACUACUCCACCUCCUUGAGUUACCCGAACAAGGAACAGAAACUGUCGUACUUCACUGAAGAUAUCGGCUUGAACUCGUACUACUUCUACUUCCACUCACAGAUGCCUUUCUGGUGGAAGUCUGAAAAAUGGAGUGUAUUGAAGGACCGUCUCGGUGAAGUUUUCUUCUACUACUACCAACAACUUUUGGCUCGUUACUAUUUGGAACGUCUCCCCCAUGGCUUGGGUGAAAUUCCUGAAUUCUCGUGGUACUCUAACUUCAAGUCUGGAUACUACCCACAAUUGUAUUCAGUUGCCUCUCCUUUCGUACAGAGAAGCAACGAUUACAAUCUCCACAAUGAAAAGAAUUACGAAUACAUUCGUUUCCUGGACACUUACGAGAAGACAUUCUUCCAAUUCUUGCAGAAGGCUGAAUUUAAAUCUCCCGAGAAAGAAAUGAACUACGUCGGCAACUACUGGCACGUUAAGAUCAACGACGUACAAGUCGGCGAACUAGUUACCUACUUCGACUACUUCGACUAUAAUGCCACCAGCAGCGCCUACUACAGUAAGGAAGAACUCAAAGCCUAUCCGGUGAAUUACAUUGUCCGUCAACCACGACUCAACCACAAACCUUUCAGCGUUAAACUUGAUGUUAAGUCUGAUGUGGCGUCAGAUGCCGUCUUCAAGAUCUUCAUUGGACCUAAAUACCACGCCAAUGGCUACCCGGUUAACAUCGAGGAUGACUGGAUGAAGUUCUACGAACUGGACUGGUUCGUGCAAAAACUUGUGCCUGGUGAGAACAAGAUCGAACGCAAAUCAAGUGAGUUUGUGCUUUUCAAGGAUGACUCUGUUCCCAUCAACGAGAUCUACGAAUGGUUGGAGCAAGGAAAGGUACCAUAUGACAUGUCAGUUCAGCCCGACAACAUGCCGAGGAGGCUAAUGCUGCCCAAGGGUACCCGUGGCGGUUUUCCAUUCCAGCUGUUUGUGUUCGCCUACCCGUACAACAGUGUUAAGAAGGGAGAGAAUGUAUUUGAGAGUUACAUCUUGGACAACAAACCCUUCGGAUAUCCAUUCGACCGCCCCGUGCGCGAGGCUUACUUCAGACAACCGAAUGUUUUCUUCAAGGAUGUCAGAGUCUACCAUAAGGACUCAUAUUAUCCUUAUCAGCUUAAUGUUCCUUCCUAUUUCUUGCAGAAGAAGAUAUAA